AGUGAAGUCGGGCAGUUGCCUGGAGACGAUGCAGCAAUGGGAAGGGACCCGAAUCACUCAUCCACAGCAUCGUCCAGUGAACACAAGCACCACAAAAAUGUCUUCCUUAAAAGUCUAAAACCAGGCGACAUGUUGCAUAUUGAUCGAGGAUGGUACUAUCACUGUGGCAUAUAUGUUGGUGCAGAUAACAUCGUGCACUUGUCUGGAGUCAAUGGUUCAAUGGAAAGUGGCCUGUAUCACUUACCCACAUUGAGUGGAGCAGUGUUCAAUAAAGGAAUCGUUCGCCUAGAUAAUGUUUGGGACGUUGCUGGAGUCAUGGACGUGGUCAAGAUAAAUGUAAAAGACGGACAAUUACUCCCACUGGAACCAUCUGAGAUAGUAAACAGAUCAUUAUCCAAAGUUGGAGAGGGUGGAUAUAACUUACUCUAUAAGAACUGUGAACACUUCGCUUCAUGGUGCCGGUAUGACACAGAAGAAAGUGAUCAGACAUACGAGUUCGUCAUUAAAGGUUGA